UCUUCAGCCUGUAGGAUGGAGCGGUUCAUGGUAGGAAUGAAGUCACAGGAAAGGGCGGGGCUUCUCCGUAGAAGGGGCGGGGCUUCCUCGGGUUACAAGACUUUGCUGAUAACAGGAAGCUGCAGCCCUGUGCUUGUCUACACGUGUGCAAAGGAGGUUGUUGCACAGUCACCUUAUGGUCUCUUCAACAAGAUGAUGGUUCUCUUUGUCAGCGAUCCGCUGAGGAUGGACAAGGGCAGAAAAAAGAUGUCUGAAAGUAUAUUCAGGCUCAGUUUAGAGAUUAUCUACCUGCUGACUGGAGAGGAUUACAUAGUAGUCAAGAAGACAUCUAGAGAGGGUGUGAGCCCGUUUGAGCAGCCUUCAUCUCACUCGCUGAUACAUGAGAGGAAUAAUGAUAAGAAGAUCCUAGAACUUACCAACAGGAUCAUUGAGUUGCUGACUGGAGAGGUUCCUGUAAGGUGUCAGGAUGUCACUGUCUAUUUCUCCAUGGAGGAGUGGGAGUACAUAAAAGGACACACGGAUUUCUACAAGGAUGCCAUGAUGCAGGACCACCAGUCCCUUAUUUCACCAGAUGGAACCAGAGACAGAAAUUCACCAGAGAGAUACCCCAGUCCCAUGUCUUACCAGGAUUGUCUAGAGGGAGAUCUCGGUUACGGACAAAAUCGUCAGGAUCAAGACUUGACUGUAAUUAGAGUUGAGGUUACAGCGGGAGAUGAAGAGACUUGUGUAAUUAUUGAUCAGAAGCAGAACCAGGAGAAGGAAACCGUACGUAUCAUCCCUGCAGAUGACAGCAGCAAGAGCUCGGAAGAACUUACUUUAUCGCUAAGUUGUAAAUUAGAAGAUUACAGUAAAACACUAAAUUGUUCUGGAGAACACCCCCAUACUGCAAAUUUGGCCUCACAGCAUCUCAAUAUGGACAAAACUUCUGAUCAGUCAGAGAUGGAAAAACAAAGUGAUAAAAUGUUUUCAUGUUUAGACCAUGAUAAAUAUUUGACACUGAAAUCAAAUCUUAAACAUCAGAAAAGUCACACAGGUGAGAAGCCAUUUCCAUGUUCAGAAUGUGGAAAACUGUUUACCCAGAAAUCAGAUCUUGGUGUACAUAAGCGCAGUCACACAGGGGAGAGGCCAUUUUCAUGUUCAGAAUGUGGAAAAAGUUUUACCUGUAAAUCUGUUCUUUUUCGACACCGUAAAAUUCACACAGGAGAGAAGCCAUAUUUAUGUUCAGAAUGUGGGAAGUCUUUUAACCAGAAAUCAAAUUUUGUUGAACAUCAGAAAAUUCACACAGGAGAUAAGCCAUUUAUCUGUUCAGAAUGUGGGAAGUCUUUUACCCAGAAGUCAUCUCUUAUUGCACAUCAAAUGACACACACAGGAACAAGACCAUUUUUGUGUUCAGAAUGUGGGAAAUCUUUUACACAGAAAGCGCAUUUUGUGGAGCAUCAGAGAAUUCACACAGGGGAGAAACCAUUUUCAUGCGCAGAAUGUGGAAAAUGUUUUAUCCUUAAAUCUGUUCUUAUUCAGCAUCAGAGAUGUCAUACAGGGGAAAAGCCAUUUUCUUGCUCAGAAUGUGAUAAAUGUUUUGCACGGCAAUCCGUACUUCGGAACCAUCAGAGAAUUCACACAGGGGAGAAACCAUUUUCAUGUCCGGAAUGUAAAAAACAAUUUACUCGAAAAUCAGUCCUAUUUUACCAUAAGAGAACUCACACAGGAGAGAAGCCAUUUGAAUGUUUAGAGUGUGGGAAGAGUUUUGCCAAGAAAUCACAUUUUAGUAAGCAUCAGAAAAUUCACAAAGGGGAGAAGCCGUUUAUGUGUUUGGACUGUGGGAAAUAUUUUUCUCAGAAAUCGCAUCUUAUUAAACAUCAAAGGACACACACAGAGGAGAAACCACUUUCAUGUUCAGCCAUAAUUGUACCUGGAAUGUGAACAUUGUUUUACUCAGGAAUCGGUUCUUUUUGACCAUCCGAGAACUCACACUGGAGAGACGCUGUUCUCAUGCUCAGAAUGUGGGAAUGGUUUAGCCAGAAAUAACAUUUUAUUAAAUAUCAGUUUGGGUGGAGUACUGUUUCUCAGUGAAGUGGCAUAGUGGUGUAUGGAGACUUAUUUUUUAGAACCUAGAAGAGGGGCAGUUACAAAAUAAAACUUCACUUUUAAUAUAUUGAGGUAAAAAGGCCCCAUACACACAAACAAAUAAGUGAUUGUAGUCUAGGGGCUCAACUGGUCAUGGAUAUAAGACCGUCAAGAGCACCAUGUGUGACCAUAAAGAUGGUUGAGUAGGUGCCCACACCAUACACUGGACCAGGGAGGCAAAGUGCUAUUGACCCCCUUAAAUGGAAGUGGUGUUUCCAAAUAAUGGGUACAGAAGGAUAUCACGUAGGCACCUAAUGGACUGGCAGGUGGUUGAAGCCAAGAUGGAGGGGGAGUAGUUUGUAAACUGACCCUACAGAGCCCUACUUGGCCUGGUACACCCUAUAAAUGAAUCCUUGGAGCGGGGUCCAAAAAGCCCCGCAAGGGGUGGCCCCGGCUGGAACCUGGUCCUAUGCUGGAGGCCCUAUACAUAAACAUUCAGGACCCUAUGCCAGAUCCGGGGGAAAAAAGGCUAGUAAGCUAAGCAGUUAGGCUUGUAAACUAUGCAUGUGGAUAUGAAAAGAGUGUCCCGACGUCUGAG